GCGCUGCUGGCUAAAAAGAGGGGGAAAUACCCGCACAAAGGACGUUACAAAUUACAAUGUUCAGAGGAAAAGCUGGCCAGACAAGAAAAGUAGAGGAAAGGAGACGCUGGUGAUGGGGUUGGGGAAAAGUGGGACUCCUCCCCACGACCAUUGCUAUUAUCCAGCUCAUUUCUAAGGAUUCGAUUUCUGCCAUUUCUGAGAGCUGCUUGAGGCGGAGUGAACGCGUGGUUUUGAAAGAUUGCUUAAACAAAGAAUGGAGGCCAGAGUGGUGCACGCAUUGCAGAACAGGCAAGUGUUACUUCUUUGUGUGUUUCUGGGAGUGUCUUGGGCUGGCGCAGAACCACUUCGGUAUUUUGUGGCAGAGGAAACGGAGAGAGGGACCUUUCUGGCCAACCUAGCAAUUGAUCUGGGGUUAGGGGCGGGGGAACUGUCAGCUCGGGGAUGUAGAAUUGUUUCAGAUAAAACCACAGGAUUUUUACUCCUCAAUCCGCUUACUGGUGAUUUACUUCUAAAUGAGAAAUUAGACCGAGAAGAACUGUGUGGCCCCACAGAGCCAUGUGUGUUGCCUUUCCAGUUGUUACUUGAAAAGCCUUUUCAGAUUUUCCGUGCUGAACUGUGGGUCAGAGACAUCAACGAUCAUUCUCCAGUAUUUCUAGAUAGAGAGAUUACCUUGAACAUAUUAGAAAGUACCACUCCAGGGGCAACAUUUCUCCUAGAAAGUGCACAGGAUUCAGAUGUUGGAAUCAACAACCUGAGAAACUACACUGUCAGCUCCAAUGUUUAUUUCCAUAUUAAUGUCCAUGAUAAUGGGGAAGGGAAUGUUUAUUCCGAAUUGGUACUGGAUAAAGUGCUGGAUCGUGAAGAGGUUCCUGAGCUGCGUUUAACCCUCACCGCCUUGGAUGGCGGCUCUCCCCCCAGAUCCGGAACCACCCUCAUACGCAUCCUGGUUUUGGACAUAAAUGACAACGUCCCUGAAUUCGUAGAGUCGCUUUACAAAGUCCAGGUGCCUGAGAACAGCCCUGUUGGUUCCCUGGUUGUCACUGUGUCAGCUAGAGAUUUAGAUACCGGAAGUAAUGGAGAAAUCGUCUAUGCAUUUUUUUACGCUACUGAAAGAAUUCUCAAAACGUUUCGAAUCAAUUCAACAUCUGGCAAUCUUCAUCUUAAAGCCGAAUUGAACUACGAGGCAAUACAAACUUAUACAUUAACUAUUCAGGCCAAAGAUGGUGGAGGGCUUUCUGGAAAAUGUACUGUGGUGGUCCAUGUAACGGAUAUAAACGAUAAUCCACCAGAACUGCUCAUGUCAUCACUUACUAGUCCAAUUGCAGAAAACUCACCAGAGACAGUAGUCGCUGUUUUUAGGAUCAGAGACAGAGAUUCAGGGAACAAUGCAAAGAUGGUGUGCUCCAUACAAGACCAUCUCCCCUUCGUCCUGAAGCCAUCGGUAGAGAAUUUCUACACCUUGGUAACAGAGAGACCCCUAGACAGAGAGAGCCAGGCCGAAUACAACAUCACCAUCACCGUCACCGACCUGGGGACCCCCAG